UUGUGAGUCGAGUUUGUGUGCAAAUGAAUAGAAAUUUAUAGAUAUAGGUGGAGAAUCAAUCCCCAGGAAACCCGUGGCAGCGAAAUUAGGAGCAGAGUGACCAAGACAUUUAAAAUUGAUGAAAAAAUGUGAUGCUGUUUGUGUUCUUGCAAGACUGCAAGAAGGGGCAGAAGGGGCUUUCCAAAUCUACAGUUAAUUUUCGAUCGAGUAUUACACACGUACGCAGACCACACAACUGACAACUAUGGAGCGAGUAAUAUAAAUAAAUAAAUAAAUAAAUAAGCCCUUCCAAGAUUCGGUGGGACUGACUGAGGAUGAUGACGAUGAUGAUGAUGGUGCAGUAAGACCCAAGAAACGUCAAUAAAUCAACGACAGCCAAGGGGGGAAACUAUCACUGCAACAAGCCGCCAUUGUUGUUCCCUCACAAUUCCGACGACUCCAUUUUUGCGGCGCCAUCGCCUAACGCGCGUAAUUCUUCCAAUUCUCUAACGGAUCUGUCCGAAUUGCCAUUUCCAAGUUGCUUUCCGGUUGCGAGAAACAGCCGGGCGGGCCUUUGCCCCCGACACACUCCGCAAUAAGGAUCGAAGCUUUCUUUGAUUGCUGUGGAAUUACGUUUGCCCUGCUCGUUGCGGGGUUAGGGUUUUGAUUAGGAAUUCAGGGGGUAAUUGACGGAGAUCCUUAUUUUAGCAUUUGAGGUUUCAGAACAGUGGCUUUCAGUCUGGGCGGAUAAUGGGGUCUAUUUAUUACACGCUGAUAGCAUUGCCUUGCACAAUUGCGGCUAUAACGUUGGCGAUUCUCCACAUUUACAAGCAUCUACUGAAUUACACCGAGCCGACGUAUCAAAGAUACAUUGUCCGAAUUAUCUUUAUGGUUCCUGUUUAUGCAUUGAUGUCAUUCUUAUCCCUGGUCCAUCAUGAAAGUACAAUUUACUUCAAUUCAGUCAGAGAAAUUUAUGAAGCUUGGGUAAUCUAUAAUUUCUUGUCGUUGUGCUUGGCAUGGGUGGGUGGUCCGGGAGCUGUUGUUGUAAGCCUGUCUGGCAAGGUUCUGAAGCCAAAUUGGUGCUUAAUGACUUGUUGCUUCCCUCCACUUCCAUUGGACGGACGGUUUAUUCGAAGGUGCAAACAAGGUUGUUUGCAAUUCGUGUUCUUGAAGCCCGCCCUAGUGAUAAUCACUCUCAUUCUCUACGAAAAAGGGAAAUACGAAGAUGGGAAUUUCAACCCGAUGCAGUCAUAUCUCUACCUGACCAUUAUCUACACAAUCUCAUAUUCCGUCGCACUUUAUGCGCUCGUCUUGUUUUACAUGGCUUGCAGAGAUUUGCUCCAUCCGUAUAAUCCUGUUCCGAAGUUCAUCAUCAUAAAAUCCGUAGUAUUUCUUACAUACUGGCAGGGAGUUCUAGUUUUCCUCGCAGCAAAGUCGGGAUUCAUAAAAGACACGCGCGAAGCUGCGGAAUUUCAAAACUUCAUCAUCUGUGUCGAGAUGCUCGCCGCAGCCGUCGGACAUCUCUAUGCUUUUCCGUACGGAGAAUACGCCGGGGCGAAUAUAGGCGCCAAGAUUUCCUUUAUCUCAAGCCUCGCGCACGCGCUAAAAUUAAACGACCUUUACCACGACACCGUACACCAGUUUGCUCCAACCUACCACGACUACGUGCUGUACAAUCCCAGCGAGGGCGACGACGGAGCAAGAAAGUACCGGUCCCGCACAUUUGUUCCGACGGGUGCAGAAAUGGACUCGGCGAGACGGAGCAACAGCAUGUUCGGCGACAAGCUGGAAGAUAUAGAGUUGUCUAGCAUGUCGUCAUCUUCCGGCGGCAGCAGCCCUCCAUGCGGAGGCGGCGGUGGUGCAAUUGACGACGAUUUAAUUCGAUCCAAGGCUUCGAGCCCGUCGCCGCUGAUCGACGUGGCGCCAGAAACGGCGGCGGUGUCUCCUCCUUUAGACGGCUCUCUGAUAGACAUCAACAUGGCUAAUUAUCCAGAAGAAGUGCCUGCAGCAGAAGUAGAUGGUAAUGAAACUGGGAUAAGGUAAUAAUAGCACAGCAUAUCCAUCCAUGUCUGUAUGUAAGUUUCUUCCCUUUCUGGACGUUCGAUUUUUUUUUUGGCGCUGUACAUAAAAUUGGAGAGAACUCACUGCAAUUCAAUUUAAUUUAAUUCAAG